AUGGCAGAUACUGACCUAGCAGAUUUAAGGAAACAGUGCAUUACAAGUUUAUACUUAUGUACGGACAAUGUAUCGAAAUAUUUAGAUAGUGAAAAGGAAGCAGAAUUCAACAAAUUAAGAACUUGUGUUCAGCAAUACUGCACAUUGGAAGCUCAGCAAGAAGUUGCCAUUGAAGCUAUGGAGAAAGCUAAGAGAGAGACUGAUGCUACAAAUAUCGCCACAUUAGAGGAAAGGUUUAAGUCCCAUCUAAGUAAUUUAGCUGGCAAGAGACUGCGAGUAGAUAAUCACCCAUACAUGAUAGAAUUUAAUAAAAGAUAUGAGAAGGGACAGCGACUUUCAAACAACUUAGACGAGUCUGACUUAGCUAUAACUGAAUCUCAAGAACAAUAUAUUGAUCCAAUUACCAAGAGACCUUUGACAGAUCCAGUCAAGAAUACGGUUUGUGGUCACACCUAUGAGAAAGAUGCUAUCAUGAAUUUGAUACAAAGUAAACACAAAACCAAAUGUCCAGUUGCUGGGUGUAACAACCGCGGACCCAUUCUACCCCAACAUUUAAUAUCGGAUGAUGAGCUGAAGUUCCGAAUGAGGAUCACAAAUCAAAAGUGUUCCACUAUGAUUCAGGAGAGGUCCAUAAUGGACCUGGAUGACACCAUGAAUUAG